AUGAAACCUCGGCUGAUUCCCGAAGUGGUGACAAGGCUAUUAGUGCUGUCAACAAGAUACUCGGCGCAGAGAGUAACGAGGACGGUGGUGACGACCAAGACAGCGAUAGCGGUGAUGGGUCCCAGAGUGGGCUACUCACACUCGCCCUCCUCGUUAUGGUUCUCGGCGUCGGAAAGGUUGCUCACGCCGUCAACCUCGCGAGGCAUACUUCUUCAUGGCGACGAAAGUACGACAUGCUCGCCGUGCGCAUGCGCGAAGGGGGCUUGCCAGUCUGGAGCGUGGCAAGGGUAUACAACGCUGGUCACCCUGCGAUAG